UUUAAAGUCAUUGAGUUAAAUAAAUGUUCGCGGAAAGAAAACAAUGUUACCGAUAUAUUAUUGCAGUUAAGAUUAUGUGAAAACAGAUACUAUGUCAGCUUCACCCAAUACACCAAAAGGCUUCUCAGAAGUCCAGAAUGUAACUUUCUCAUGGGAGGACUAUCUGAAGGAGGUGGGUGGAGAGGCCGCACCAGAAAAUUACUUUAAACAGGCCUCUGAGCCCCCCAAAAAUGAAUUUGAACCUGGCAUGAAGAUUGAAGCAGCUGACCCCAGGAACUUGACCUCUACUUGUGUUGCCACGGUGAUAGCAGCUACAGGAUCAAGGUUACGUCUUAGACUUGAUGGAAGUGACAACAAGAAUGAUUUCUGGCGUCUGGUUGACAGCUCAGACUUGCAUCCUAUUGGCCAUAGUGAAAAACAGGGUGGGCUGCUACAACCACCACUAGGAUUUAGAAUGAAUCCAUCAUCCUGGCCGUCCUUUAUGCAGAAAACAUUGAAUGGUGCUGUCUGUGCCCCAGCCAGCUGCUUCAAAUCUGAACCUUCAUCACCAAGAAGAAAUGAGUUUAAAGUUGGUAUGAAGUUAGAAGCAGUUGACAGGAAAAAUCCCAUGUUGAUAUGUCCAGCAACAGUGGGAGCUAUAAAUGGUGACCAGAUACAUGUUAGAUUUGAUGGUUGGAAAGGUGCGUUUGAUUAUUGGUGUCGGUAUGAUGAUAGAGAUAUCUAUCCUGUUGGUUGGUGUGCUAAAACAGGGCAUCCUCUACAACCUCCAGGACAGAAAGAAAAACCAAUACCACAGAAGCCUAUUAAAGGUCGUGAGUCCACAUCUACCAUAUCACCUGUCAGCAAGAAUUCCAGAACUACUAGUCCCUCACCCAGACCUUCUAGUCCCUCUAACUCUGAUGGUCAACCGGUGUCACCACGAGAUUCACACAAGUCAGUUGUCACGGUAACUGAACCAGAUACAAGCUCACCUCCCCUAGUGUGUGUGUAUGUAAACCAUGGAUGUUACUGUGGACCUUACCUCAAUCAGCAGAAAGUAAUGCGUUUACCGUCCCAGUAUGGUCCAGCAGUCAUGAACAGGGUGCUAUAUGAUGUGCUGAAAGGUUGUCUUGAGUCAGCAAUCACAGAGAGAGAUGUGUUCAAUCUGAUACCUGAAGGUCACGGUCGUGUUGUCAUCUCUGCAACUCACGGCCACAAGUCUCUGACAAAGCGUGUUAUUGCUGUAGAGAAUGACACUCAGUUAUGGAACAUGUUAAAUAAACUAACAGAUGAUAUGGGAUGUUGUGAGGACCUGUUUGCUGCAUCACCUCUCAAUAAUGUCUGUCAAAAAUGUACCAGAGCUAACAGAUCAGACUCAGAAGGUCAGCAGUCACUAGAUAGUAGAUCCACAAAAUCAAAUCCACGCAGACGUUGGUCCACAGAAUCUUUGGAGAGUCUGCGUAACACAAAGGCCAAAGUGCGACGGUCCAACGAGGCAGAAGCAAGUUCAACAACAGUUGAUACGAGAAUACACAGACCACGAGAUCCGUCAGAAUGGUCAAUAGAUGAUGUGGUAAAACACAUUUGUGAUACAGACAUGGCAUUAGCACCACAUGCUGUGCUCUUUAGAAAACAUGAGAUUGAUGGUAAAGCACUGUUGUUGUUGAACAGUGAUAUGAUGAUGAAAUAUAUGGGACUCAAACUGGGACCUGUCCUUAAACUGUGUAACCUGAUUGACAGACUUCGCCAGCGCAGAUGAAUAAUGUUCAACUUUGAACAAUUGAGACAGAGUGCACGAGAUUAUCUUGUAGCUGAACAAUAACAGGACAGAAUGAAAUGUUUAGAUGAUGGAAAUGUAUAUAUAGGCAUUUGGUUUACUUUAAGCAUGUUUUGACUUAUGGUCUGGUUGAAGGAUGUUGUAAUUUACUAAUUGACAAUUUUGAAUUACCAUAUCAUAUGCUUAUCUGAUGUAUUACUGUUCUCAUAUUUCAAUUUAUUCUUAUUUAGACCCUGUUUAAAGACUUGAAUGUUUUUGAGUCAUGUGAAUUUGAUAAUUUAAUGAACAUAAUUCAUCUUGUACACCUCACAUGUUGUUUAGGAAAUAAAUAGAGGGUCCAUUGUUCAUGUUGGUUGGUGAGGUGUAAUUUGUAGGUUUUGUUAUUAUAGUAACAAAUUUUCAAUGGUAGCUAAACUUUUCUUUAACAGGGAAAUUAAUUCUUGGACUCUUUUUUUAUUAGCUCACCAGAACCGAAGGUUCAGGGUGAGCUAUUAAUAUCAAAGGGGGAUGCUCUGACGUCCGGUGUCAUGUUUCAACAAUCGUCUUCUUCUCUGAAACUGCUGGGCAGAUUUACUUCAAAUUUGGUCUGUAGCAUCCUUGUGACAGUCACACUUGAAUUUGCUUAUGUCAUUUCAAUUGGCCCCUUUUAGGGGUCUCCAGGGCUAAAAAUAGAAAAACCUUUAAACAUCUUCUACAGAACUAAUGGAUGAAUGAUCACCAAACUUUGUCUGUAGCAUUCUUAGGUAGUCUUUUAUCAAGUUUGCUCAUGUUAAUUUGAUUGGCCCCUUUUAUGGGCCACUUAAGCUAAAAAUAGAAAUACCUUUAAUCGUCUAAUUCUACAGAACUAAUUGAUGGAUGAUCACCAAUUUUUGUCUGUAGCAUUCUUGGGUAAUCUUUUAUCAAGUUUGCUCAUAUUAAUUUAAUUGGCCCCGUUUAAGCUAAAUCAUAAAUGCCCCAGGUCAUGGCAUUUCUUCAAAUUAUUUGUUUGCUCAAAUUAGAUAUUAGAAAAUAUUGACAAUGGAUAAUUUCCACACUGAAAAGCACUUGUUUUUGGUGAGCGACUCAGGGCCACCAUGGCCCUCUUGUUUGUUUAUUAAGAAAAUAACUUGUUUUUUCAUAAUCUGAAAUAAAACAGGAGUUGUAUAUAGUUGU